UUUCUUCUCACUCCCAGAAGACAGUCAUUGCAGUCUGGUGCCGAGUUAAAAAGCGGAACAUGUUACUGUUAUAUUCUUUUGCGCUGAUUGUAUUGCCAUGUUUGCCUGGAUUUGAUGGCUAUUUUCACCAUAACCAAGCUGAAUGUCGCUUCACCUCCGGGGACCUGAAAGACCUUGAGUAUAUUAGCAGGUACAUAUUUAACAAAGUAGAGUAUGCGAGAUUCAACAGCACUGAGAAAAGGUUUAUUGGAUACACGGAAUCCGGAGUGAAAGAUGCAGAGAGAUGGAAUCAGGAUGGAUUAGCAGAUCAAACCUAUGGCGACCUGGAUGCCUACUGCAGGCCCAAUGCUGAGUAUGAGAUACAGAACAUACUUUCACAUACAGUUGAACCUUUGGUAAAAGUUAAAUCUGUGAGAUCUGGCAGUCAGAGACACUCCACCAUGUUGGUGUGCAGUGCGUAUGACUUCUACCCGGGGGGAAUCAAACUGACUUGGCUGAGAGAUGGGAAGGAGGUGAAGACUGAUGUGACUUCCACUGAAGAGCUCUAUGAUGGAGACUGGUACUAUCAGAUACACUCUUACCUGGAGCUCACACCCACAUCUGGAGAGACCAUAGCCUGCCAGGUAGAACACAGCAGCCUUCCAAAGCCCAAGAUCUACAAUUGGGAUCCCUCAAUGUCAGAUGGGGAGAGAAACAAGGUGAUCAUUGGGGCAUCUGGACUGGUUUUGGGACUGAUCCUCUCGCUUGCUGGAGUGAUUUACUACAAGAAGAAGUCCACAGGGAGAAUCCUGGUACCAACAAGUUAAGUUUAGGUAGGUUGCAGUUGUUCUUAGGUGUGUUGAAUAGUGCAACAUUUAUACUAUUUACUAAUGUUACCUUUUUAUUUUUACUACAGUCUGUUGAAAAUACACAAUUAUACUGUAUAAUAGCUAAAGGUUUUACUCUAACUCUUCUGCUUUUCCAUUUCAUAGUUAACUCUCAACUGUCAUAUAGAGAGCAAUUUUAUGGAACUCAGUUGUGGGGACAGGCUUCAUCCUUUCAUGAUGAUUACUGUUUUAACUUAAUGCAACUUUUUUUUUUUUUUUUUAAUAUAUAUAUAAAUACUUUGAGCAUGUAUAGAAUGGACUGGCAUCCUGUCCAGGGUGAAAUGGUCCUGGGACAGGCAGUUGUAGAGAGAGAGAGAGUGUGUGUGUGUGUGUGUGUGUGUGUGGUUUUGUAUAAUGCUAUUGUCAUGCCAUUACACUUAAUAUACUGAUGAAUAGUAUUAAUUAAAAAUGUUUUACAAUGUUUAUUCCUUAACACAUAUUUUAUCUGUGUCCAGUUAAAUUGUGUAAUCAGAGUUCUAAAGAAUAUGAUCAGAUUUUAUGUAUGGAAGGGCUCUGGGUGAUCUGUGAGCAAAACACCACAAAUUGAACCACCACAUUCCUGAAGUGACUGUGACAAUGUACUUGUUUGUCUCAUUCCCCAUUGUUCUCCAUCACUUUGAAGAUUUAAAGGAAAUUGUUUGAGUCAGGAAACUGUUUGUGACCACAGAUUUGUUGCCUGUUGCACCAAAAGAGACUAUAGAAGUUGUUGAAACUACAAAGAUAUUAGAUGACAGUGAUAAAAUGUUUUAAAGUGCAAAGUACUUUAAGUAUGAAAACAUGACUAGCACCUAAAUGCUCAGUUUUUUUUUUAAUGAUUUAAGUCUAUUUGUAUAAUUGGAAAAAUGACAGACACAACCUGCUUUUGCAGUAUAACCUUUUUGGGGAUUUUAAAAACAGCAAAUAUAGAAUUUUACAUGGGUAGGAUGUGGUAUCUGUAUGAGUCACCAGUAUUCUUUAAAUUUGUACCAGUAAUUUUAUAACUGAGGCCACUAAUGAGCUAUCUUUAAGCAUUUUAUCAAAAAUCACUUUGUGCCUGGUUUUUGUUCUUGUUCAGCCUGAUUAACGAUUGAGUGGAUCACUAGAAUCUGUUCCCAUUUAGACACUGCUUUAAUUGAAAGUCAUCUGUAUGUUAAUAAAUAUUUUUAAAUGCA